AUGGAAUCCGCCUUCCCUGAUUCCGAUGCUGUUGAGCGGCGGCUGGUAGUGAAAGGAACUGACGAUCUUGGCUUAGAUGGCUUUGCUCCUGGGGAACAUCAUUUAUCGAUAGUCAAGCUUGUGAUUCGGAGUUGUCGACCCGUCAUUUCCAGUCGAGUCAAGCAUCCCCCUCUUCAUCGCAGUCGCUCAAGACGUUGUAUCGAUGGAGUGAGAUCAGGGCUUCUCCCUCUACCCGAGCGAGGGAUCAGUAAGCAAGCGGGCGAACCACAUCUGUUCCAAUUCCAGAGGCUUUCUCCGAUCGAAGUCGAAUCCAAUGGCCAUCGAUUCCUCCCCGGAAUCGGUUUUUUGCUCGGGCUGUAA